UAGCUGAAUACAGGAAGUCAAUAAUAAUAUAAUGACAAGUUGCAUAAGCGACCAAGAAGAGUUCAUCGUUUAUUCCUCUGAUGGAGAAUAUCCGAUUGUCUACCUUGCUAAAGAAUGCGAAGAUGAAUCCUCCAGCGACUCCUCGACUCGCCCAAAAGAGUCAUUAAAUUCAGAUCUUGAGGAUGUCGUUAAGCCAAUAAACUUCCAAGGAUGAGAAAUUUCUGAUGAAGUUAGCGCUGAAAAAUACCUGGAAAGAUUUGUUUUAGAUAAUAAUGAAGUUAUAAAUGAUUUCUCAAGUUACCUUGAAGCCCUCCGUCCCUUCAGUUCAGAAAAUCGUCAAGGCUCUAGGAUAAGUCUGCCUGAAGAAGAAGAAAGAAACCUCUAUGAGACCGUUAAAAAUCUCGUAUCUGAGCUCAAUGAGGCGGACUUGUUGCAGAUCAUGCUACCUCAAGUGGAAGAAGAGGACAAACAAGAUGGCUUGGAGAAGCUGAAGACUCAAGGAUCCUCCACACAGUCUAAGCAUCUUUUUAGGAAGGACAAUGUCAGAAAGGCUACCAUUAGAGCGCUUAAUUAAAGUCGCCAAGACUCACCUUGACCAAUACUUGGAAAGAUAUUAUGUCAGAACUGGGAAGGAUCUGAAGAGGUACUUCCUCCAAUAUAAAGAAGAGGGCUUUGACUGCGUUAAGACUUGCAUGGAAGAGGUCCUAGGAUACAGCCUCCCAGACAUUGAUACUAAAGAAGUUUAUGCCAUCUUCUUCGAUCUCUGCUUAAGAAAGAAGAAUGCUAUUAAAGCGAUGGUUACCUUCUCUAGCAAAUCUGAGAGGAAGCAAAUUUCUGAAGCUCUUAAACGAUAUAAAAAGCAAGGAAAAUCUUACACGAAGGAGGAUGGAGAGUAUUCUCCAUCAGAGGAAUAAACGAUGAACUCUUCUUGGUCGCUUAUGCAACUUGUCAUUAUAUUAUUAUUGACUUCCUGUAU